UGAACAAAUAAAAAUCUAUAAAAAAAUAAUUAAAUUAAGUAAUCUCAUUGUUUUUUAAUAAUACAAAUAAAUCUCUACCACAAUCUCUGUCAAUAUUGCUCCAUAAAUAAAAAAAACUUGUGUCUGCAACACAGAAAAACAUAUAUAAAAUCCCAAAAAAUAAACAGAACAUUUCUCAAUGAAUUAUUUUAGUAAAUCAUUAAAAUCCCCCGCAUGUGAUUCCAUAUCAGAUAAAAAGCUACAAAUAAAAAAGAAAAUAUAAUAAAUACAAUUCAAGUAUAAUUACCAUUUAAAUAUCCGCUCAAGUGAACAAUUAAAAUUCCUUUUAAAAUAUAUUAAAAAAGAAUAUCUUAAAUUGUCAACAAGUGUCAAAAUAUGAUGAGCAUAAUUUAUUGCUAAUUGGGCAGACAAAAGGAACGGCGAAACGAGACAAACGACAAAGAAAAGUGCACAAUAAACGCGUGUGAGAGUCCGGAAAACAAAGAACAGAGAGAAUUUUUCUCAAACGACGGAAUAAAAAACGCGAAAAACACAGCUAUGAGUUCCCCGAGGGGAAAGCUAAUAUUGCCCAAAAUGAUUGGGCUGCUGCUGCUGUUGCUGGUGCCCCUAAGUGGGGCCAACUCGAGUGUUCCAAAAGGAGCAGCCAUAAUGACCACAACGGCUCCGGCUUCUUCAGGUCACCGCAGUCCCCAUCAGCAGUUGAGAUUGCAGCAACUGCAGGAAGCCCAGCAAUUGGAGGCCCAUCAGCAGCACCAUCAUCAUUUGCGGCACGAGCAGCACGUGCGUGCCGAACUGGAGGGCAAUCAUCAGCCGCCUGAGAUCGGAGCAGCAGGAGGAGCCCCGAAAUCCUUCGAUCCCCAUUUGCCCAUGCAGCAGCACCACUUGCGUCACCACAAUCGCCACCACAUGAGCUGGGAGCAGAGGGUCUUCCCCUCCCUGCGCCAUCAGCAGCACCGCCUGUCCAUUGCCACCAGUACCCCCAGGAAUAUAGUGACCUCCGAGGCGCUCACAACCAGUCAUCAUGGCCUGGUCUCGAAUCACACUCGCUACUUCGACAGGGAAGGUAUAUAUCCCUCCUGGGCCGAGCCCCGUUCCACCCGCGGCCCCAACUGGCGGCAGGAACUGGAUACCAGUGGCUCCGACGAGGACAGCGAUGAGGAUGAUGACGACGACGAGGACUACGAGUACGACGAUGAGGCCAAUUCCAAUGCCGUCGACGAGGAGCUGGCGCGGCAAAUGCCCAGAUACUCGCUGUUCACCCAGAAACGACCUCUCAUCGAAUCGAAAGAUCUGGAAUACGAUGGCUACGAUCAGACGGAUGAGUUGGACAUGGAUUUGAACAAGAAUCACAAUAGUAAUAAGCAUCCCAGUGUGGCCAAUCCGCAUGACAAGGCAGCUGGCAAACGCAAUAUUUUCGACUGGCUAUUCAAACAGGACAAGGAGAAGGAAGUUGUUAAGAAACCACACACCACAAGGGCCUCCACAACAACAACAACCACCACCUCAACCACGACGACCAUCAAGCCCAUGGUGCGCACUGAGAGGCCCAAGCUGCAAUUGAUAGAUGCCAAUCUGCAGAUUGAUCAGAGGAACAACGACGGUGGGGUGGAGGAUUACUCCAACGAGGACUCCGACUCUGACUCCGAGUCGGAGGAGGGUUUCUCCAACGAGCAGUGGAAUAAGAUCGAGCACGAGCACCAUUUGAAGCAGCAGCGACACCAGAAGGAGCUGCUGGCGCUGCGCGAGAAAAGCAGGAAUACGCCGCUCAUCAGAAACAUUGAUAAUGAGGUAAGUGCUGCAAAGACAUUAGAAGACAGCGAUGGCCAUGAUGUUGAGAGCAUUUACUCACGCAACUACAUAACCGGAAAGCUAACCCAGAAGAAGGAGGAGCAGCUGGGAACCCCCGAGGCGGCGCUUCGAGCGAGACGGUUGCAGGCCCAGAAGCAGAAGAGAGAGAGAGCCCUCGCCCAUGCCCACAUGAACCAGGUGCUAAAGGAGGCCACCUGUCGAGUGCCCCAGAAGCGGUGCCAGCUGGUGCAGCAGGAUCCCUCCAAGAUCUACACGCCCCACUGCACCAUCCUGCACCGCUGCAGCGAGGACAGUGGCUGUUGUCCCAGUAGAACCCAAAUAUGCGCCGCCAAGAGUACCCACAACGUUGAGCUGCAUUUCUUUGUGAAGAGCACCAAACACCGCAGCGUCAUCGAAAAGCGGACAUUUGUGAACCACACGGAGUGCCACUGCAUCGAGCGCUCCAGCUACAACGAGGACACGGCCAUGGCCAACUACGGUCCAUCGGCGGUGCGGGCUACCAUAUUAAGCUGCACCUGUCCGCGCAGCUUCGAGAAGAUCCUGCAGGACGACGGCCAGUGCAGGUGCGACUGCAGCUCCGGCAACUACGACUGCGACUGGCUGAAGCGGGGCAACGAGCACUUUGACAUGAACAAUCGCAAGUGCAUCCAGCAGGGUCGCUGCAAGCCGCCCACAUGUGAGUACGGCCUCUACAUGGAGAAGCACGGCCGCUGUCCCAAGCAGCACGAGCAGCCCGUCUACAAUGCCAUGUCGUAAGCAACGAGUCCCCAGGAGGAGUCUGAGGAGAGCUAGAGAGCGAGGAACCAGGAAAAGUAUUAUUCAGUCAAGUUUCUAACUCAAGGCCAGACGAGUGGAAAAACGGGGAAAGCCUUCCCCGCCUGACGACUAGAGUAAAAGCAAAAGGAGAGACGUGAAUUUAGUUGCAUAUCCUAUACAAAACAAUACGAAAAUAAAACGAAAACAAAUCUAUUUAUACACAAGGUUGGGUCGAUCAGUAGGAAAACUUUGAAAUAUUUCCAGAAUUUUAACAAGGAGUAGUUUAAAAAUCAUUUGAAAAGUAAACUAAAAGUAGGCAAUGCAAAAACUUGACUCUUUGAAGAUUUUUUCUUAAGAUGUAUGUGAAAAAUGUAAUGAAAAUAUUAGAAAACUAUCUUCUUUCUAUUAAACUUUUAAGCAAUUCAACUUGACAUAAGGAAAUGCAAUCUUUUAAAAACUUUCCAAAGAUUUAAUACUUCUAUUUUGCUGAACAAAAAGAUCGACCCUUCCUCAUAUACACAUACCAAUUAAAUGUAUAUCAGCUGAUUGUGUAUUAGAUGUUUUAAGACCUCAAUUCGAAAAGAUUUUUCCCAAAUAGCUCUAGAACAUACACACAAAACGAAAAUCUAUUACCUUUAGCAACAAGAAAUAAGACUUUUUUGCGCAUGUUUUUACCCCACAUAAAACAAUAAGAAACCGUAGCAUUGUUCAUGAAUGUUUUAAUAACGAAAAUCCCCAAGUAAGCAACAUACAUACAUAUAUAAUGCAUAAAUGGAAAUAAACCCAAUAGAGUUAUGUGUAUUUUAUGCGUAUGCAAAAUGAAAUUCCAAAUAUAUAAAUUGACUGCGUUUUUAGUUUUUAAUUAACUAAUGUUAUGUUAUUUAAUUAUAAUAAACACACGAAAAACGAAAACAAAUCAUUAAAAUUACAAAUUAAAUAUAUAAAUUACAUGUUAUUUAAGCUAAGUUUUAACACAAAAAACAAACAAACAAAACGAAAACAAACCCCCGAAAGAUCACACAACAAGAACAAAAUUAAAUUUUCAUAUUUAAUUUCUAGUCAAAUUUUAAUUUUACAUUUCAAUGGUCAAUGUGUAGCUUCGUGUUCCGACAUUCAACUCAUUAAAGCAAAUGGCAUUUAACGCGGAUACCAGAAAAUAUAUAGAAACUAACACGUAAAUAUAGCGAGAUAAUUAAUGUAUAAACCAUAUGAAUGUGAACUAGCCCACACAGUCUGUCUGUCUCUUGCUUAUUUCCUGCAUUUCGAAAGUGACAACUAAACUAUAUAUUAGGGAUACCUUCAAUUUUACAACUCACUGCGAGCCAUAAGAAAGUGUGAAAAGAAAACGAUUUUAAACGCUACUUUUAAUUUUCAUUCGCUUCGUGCACCACUUUUAGUUGUUAGUUUAAGUUUAUCGACAUAGUUCCGACACCAAGCACUGUAUAUAUAUAUUUUACUAUAGAUAAAACCUAAAUUUAAGCGGCACUCAAAAUGAAACCAUUUGGCACGAAUUAUUGCGAAAAUUACUAUAUAUGGGCCAACGAGAAAUAAUUCCCGGGGAUUGCAUAACGCGCAUUUGCAUAUUAACGACAUUUGCCCGCUGGCAAUCGACGAGCUCAAUUAUUAAUUUCGAACGGAAUUUGGGAGUUUAAUGAUUGUGAAUUUAUUUACCAUUUAGCCAGAUACCGUAAGCCGUUUAAUGUCCAGCCUUCCUGCAUAAUCAUUUACCCUACUGUAUCGAUUGUUUGCCAUAAUUUACGGGCAAUCUAUUUGCUCAAAUUAAAAUAUUUAUUAAAAUUCGCACAGCACACAAUCUCAAUGCGACGUUGAAUAUUUCAAUAAAUCUGCGUAAUUGUUUAUAGAAGCUACCACAAAUUACCAAGCGGAAUAUAUUAUAUAUACGAAACGUAAAACAUUUCAAAAUGAUUUUAUUUACAACUUUUAGCAUAAAUUUUAAUGUAUAAUAAAGCGAAUAAGCGAACGUUAAGCAGAAAAACAAAACCAAUACUAAUAAAAAUGAACAUAUUAUUACUAUGCAAAAAUCCAA